UUUGAGAACCGGACGCGCUAAAAUGGCGGAUCCCGCGAAGGAGGGCUGCGAAGGAAUGGCGGAUUUCAAGAAGCCGACUCUGCCGCCUCCGUUGCCGCCUCCGCUGCCGGCGCCGCCUCCAACUGGGGCAGAAGACCCCAAGAAGACAGAGGUUGCCAAGCCCCCGCGAGGCCCCGCUCCUCGCCCUUGCCCCCCUCCCGACCUCCCGCGGUACCAGGAGCCUCCGUGGGGAGGAUGCCCUGCCAAGGAAGAGGAGGCCUCGUCCGGCUACAGCCUGGAGGUGGUGAAAGGCGGCUCCGUGCUGGAAAGCGUCCGCUUGGCAGGCCGCAGCUGGCUGAUGGUGGGCCGCGCGCCGGGCUGCGACCUCUCCCUGGCUCACCCGUGUGUGUCCCGCCACCACGCCGUGCUCCAGCGCCGCCCGCCGCCCGCCGGGGAGGAGGAGGAGGAGGAGCGAGGCCAGGUCGGGGAGGAAGGGGAAGAGCAGGGCCCCGAGCCCGGGCUCUACGUCUACGACCUGGACAGCGCGCACGGCACCUUCCUCAACAAAGCUCGGAUCCCGCCACGCACCUACUGCCGGGUUCGGGUGGGCCACGUCCUGCGCUUCGGGGGCAGCAGCCGCCUCUUCGUCCUGCAGGUAAGGAGAGGGUAAUCGUGAUGAUUUAUAAUAAUAAUUUAUUAUUUAUACUCCGCCUGGUUUCCCCAGCCACUCUGGGCGGCUUCCAUCAAAAUAUUAAAAAUAACAAUCAAACAUGAAAAACUUCCCUAAACAGCGCUGCCUUCAGAUGUCUUCUAAAAGUCCGAUAAUUAUUUCCUUGGCAUCUGAUGGGAGGGCAUUCCACAAAGUGGGCGCCACUACCGAGAAGGCCCUCUACGCCCACCUGUACCUUUGGGUGCAGGUUGUGGUCUUAGUUUCUGUACUGGCCAAGGGGGUGUCAGUGGUGCAGUCCUACACACUUUUACCCAGAAGUCCCGACUGCAUUCAGGAAGACUUAGAAUUGUAGAGCUGGAAGAGCCCACAAGGCUCAUCUAGUCCAACCCCAUCUUUUGCCCAACAUGGGGCACUUACCCACAACCCUGAGAUUAAGAGUCCCACGCUCUACCAACUGAGUCUGCCACUGCUUGGACAGCCUUUCAUAAAGGAACGUGAGGGUAGCAUGCCAGAUUUAAGAUGCUGUGAGCACCUUCAAGCAGGGCAUCCAACACCUAAUUCCUGCCUGUCGUCCUCCUUCUCAAGGGGAAGAAUGACUGGUGGAGCACCUUCAGACAUGGACAAAUAACACACACACUGCCUCAGCUUGCUAUGGCAAGCAGAAUUAUUGAAGGCUGGAUAUAACAAGAGAGUUCUCUGAUCAACUAACACAGAAAAUAGGAGUGUCUCUAUAGAUCAAAUGUAUUUGCUGUUUUGGUUUGUAUUUGGAAUUGGAGUUGUUUUUAAGAUGUAUUCCUUGUUUUAUCACUUGCUGUUUGCCACCCUGGGCUCAUUUUGGACAAAAGGCAGGAUAUAAAUUUAAUAAUUGAACAAGUGGCUGCAUAUUCAAAGAGCAAUGCUGUUCACUGUCUAUUAUCCUGUAACAGGUAAUGAUGCUGAACUGCACUUGCAGAUGUCCCAAUUCAAAGUGAUGCUUUUGACCUAUAAAACCUUAAAUGGCUCAGGACCACAAUACCUCAAGGACCAUCUCCCCCCAUAUGAACCGACCCAGACCUGUGAUAAUCAUUGGAGGCCCUUCUUUAUGUGCCUCCUCCAUGAGAGGUCUAGAGGGUGGCAACAUGAGAAUGGGCCUUUUGCCUGUGGCUCGCCUUAUGUGAAAUGCUCUCCCCAUGGAGACUUGCAUUUUCUAGCUGUUUCACCUUAUGGUGUAGAAAUGUUCUUGGUUUUUCAUUUUAGUGAAGGGAGAGGCUCUGUGUUUCACAGCAUCCAAUUUAAAGAUGAAUUAAGAAUCUACCUAGCAGUUCAUUUAUACAUAUUUAUACAUAUCACUGAAGAAUUGAUGCUUUUGAAUUAUGGUGCUGGAGGAGACUCUUGAGAGUCCCAUGGACUGCAAGAAGAUUUCCUUUCUUAAGGAAAUCAGCCCUGAGUGCUCACUGGAAGGACAGAUCCUGAAUCUGAGGCUCCAAUACUUUGGCCACCUCAUGAGAAGAGAAGACUCCCUGGAAAAAACCCUGGUGUUGGGAAAGAUUGAGGGCACAAGGAGAAGGGGAUGACGGAGGACGAGAUGGUUGGGCACUGUUCUCGAAGCUACUGCGGGAGGCAGUGGAAGACAGGAGUGCCUGGCGUGCUCUGGUCCAUGGGGUCACGAAGAGUCGGACACGACUAAACGACUAAACAACACCACCAUUCUAUAAUAGUUAAGAAACUUGAACUUUAAUCCUAACUACAUUUGUUAGAGAGUAAAUCCCACUGAACUCAAUGGAACUUAUUUCUGGUAAAUAAACUAAGGUUAUAGUUAUCAUAACUUUUUAACUGGCAUUCAGUUUUGUAUGUUGUAACUUAAUCCGCAGGGCCCAGAGGAGGAUCAAGAACCGGAAUCAGAGCUGACUGUAACCCAGUUGAAAGAACUCCGUAAGCAGCAGCAGGCUAAGUUAGAGAAGACCAUGCUGGGCGAUGAUUCUGAUGAAGAUCAAAAGGAAAAGGAUGAACACAGAAAUGAAAAUAGUCGGAGUACUGAUUUCACUUGUUCCUGGGGACUGGGUAAGUUACAGUAUAUUACUGGUAGACUCUUAACACUUACCUAUGCUUCAUCUUCAACCAUUGAAACUUGUGUGGUGUUAGUUCAUGGAGCUUGUUUCUGUCUUCUGUUUUCAUUGCAAUAAAAUUAUAUGUGAAUUCCAUGUUUACUGAGGACUGGGAUUAUUUCCUACCAAAAAGGCUGUUCAAAGGCUUUGUACAUGUGGCUUUCUUCCACCUGUAGGUAUCUGGGCAAGGUUUAUCUUGCCACACUCCUAGAUCAUAAAAUGAGGCUGUAUUUUAUUCUCUUCUAUAUCUACUCUUAUUUAUAAUUUUAUUUGCAUUUGUUUUUCAGGGGAAGAUGCAGAGGAAGAGGAGGGUGAAGAAAACCCUAUCGCCAUCGAGUUUCAGGAGGAUCAAGAAGCCUUUUAUUUGAAAGAUCCCAAGAAGGCAUUGCAAGGUUUUUUUGACAGAGAAGGUAUGUGUGUUACCUGUCAUGCUUGUCUACCAUGGUAGUGCUGCUUAGCAGAGCCACUCAAGAAGUUAGUGUAUAUACAUAUAAUGCACUGCUUUUAGCAUAAAAGCCUUCAAAUCAGCUAUCAACAAAACCAUUAAAGCCACAACAUAUAGAGGAGUGGAAGAGUGGCAAACAUACUGUACUUCAGAUAAAGAAAUGAGGGAGUAAGUAAUUUCUGGGUGAUCCGAAAGGGCAAGCAGGUGGUCCUUUAAAUGCCCUCGCCCCAGACCAGCAGUUUGAAUUGGUCCCAGAAACAAAUGGGGAGCCGAUGUAGAUAGGCCAGCUGUGGUGUAAAAUAUUUCAAAUGAGAGGCCCCAGUCAGCAGCCUGGCUACAACCUUCUGCAGCAGCUGCAGUUUCCAGGCACUCUUCAAAGGCAGGCUACUCUGAACAUGUUGCAGUAGUCUGAUUAGAAUACAACUAAGUCAUUUGAUGGUGACAAGAUGCGUAUUUUCAAGUAAAGGUCACAGCUGGUUCACAGGUCAAAAGCUGUGCAAAGGUGGCCCUGUCCACCACUGCCACCUCACCAACCAAGAAAAAGACUGGGACCCAGACUGCUAAUCUGAUUCUUCAGAGGGAGAACUACAUUCCCCCAAACAGCAUUCCUACUGUCUAAAAGUACUUUUGUCUCAGUUUGUUUGCCCAGUCAGUUACAUAGCCUAGACUCUGGUUCAGGUGUUCCAUUUCCUCUCUGGAAUCAGAUGGAGUUAUAAGCCCCAUUAUAUGUUCCUCACCCGAGGGAAAGGUGUGUACAAAGCAGCUGUGGGCCCAUCCCUCUGGACCUGCCUUUGCCAACACAAAGUUCCUGCCAUCUGCACAUUAGCAUGGACAUUUGAGAUAGAGAAGCCUUUUGCCAAAUCCCUCUGUGCAUCCAAGAACCAUGCACAACUCAGGGUUCAGGGUAGGCUAUGCAUAUAGAGGUCUACAACCAAAAGGGUGCCCCUCUCAAAUGUCCAUGCUUGGAUGGCAGGAGUUAGGCCACAGGCAAAGCAGUACAGACCUUUAGGCAAAAAAUUCAGGAGUAGAGGGGGGGAGGGCUGGCACACUCACUCCUGCACCCUCUACACAGUCCCCCCCCCCAUGUUCAGCUGAACAUCUGAAUAGAGCUUUACUGUGCUUCUUGAUCUUUUAACCUCUUCUGUGUUGCUUACAGUCAUCCUGCUUUCUUCAGGAGAAAUAAGAAAGAAGCAGAUUGGACAGAUCUGUAUAGCUAUAUCCUGGUUUAACUUGGAAGUAUUAGUCCCUCCAUGGCAAUUCUGCCCUUGGGUUUUUUCCACACACACCUUUGUAACCUAGAGUGGUACAGUACUAGAAACAAAUUAAAGUUAUCAACCUUUUGUGUUUAAGAACUUCAGAGUGCAGAAGAGGAUGGCUGCAGUCCCAAACAAACUUAUUAGGAAUAAGCCCCAUGGAACACAGUGGAACUUAUUUCUGAGUAAAAAUGCAUAGGAUUGUGCUGGCUAUUUGGUUUUAGACUGAGCAUGGGAUAUUAUACUUUAAUGAAAUUCUACUUAUUCUAUGAGCUACUGCAGCUCAUAAAAAAUUGUGAGUGCCAAUUCAUCUUCGACAUUGGUGGGGAGACCACUAAUUUCCAACGUUUAAAUUACUUUGUCAGCUUAAGCUCCUUUAUGGAAACGAAGCUUAACUGCAGCAUUAUCUUUGAUCUGUACAAAGAAAUGUCUGAGAAGUUUGUUAAAGCUUUGAUCUAGCAGUGAUAUAUUCACCGGUCUAGAUUUCUCUAAAUGUGUCUGACUAUAGAUGUGUCUGAACCACUUACAGAUGCAGGAAUAUCUGUGGAGUUAGAGUGAUGGAUCAUUUUAAGACCUUAUUGCUAAUUGAUAAAUGAAUCAAUAUUAAAUAUAGCAUUGCCUUAGGAAGGAUUUUUACAGAUACUGUGCAGUUAAAUUUUAAUCCAUGUAAUUAAACUGCUCCAAUUGCUGAAAUAACAAUGAUUCCAAAUACUUAGCCAGUUAAUAGUUUAAUACUGUUACCAUUCAUAAAAAAUUAAAAUAAUUUACAAAGGAGUAAAGAGCAAGAAUUUAGGUUAAAUGUAAUUCAGGCUAUCUAUUUCACUACAAAACAAAGCUGCUGAUAAUGUAUGCAAGUAAAUCAGCUCCUCUCCCUCUCUUUUCUUCCUAGGUGAAGAGUUAGAGUAUGAAUUUGAUGCACAAGGAACUGGCACAUGGCUCUGUAGGGUGAAGUAUGUAUGUAUUCUAUGUAAUAAUUUUGUAUAGUUAUGUCUUUCUGUAGUCAGAGAGACAGAGAAAGCUGUUAUGUCUUGUACAUCUAGAAUUGGUUUAGAGCAGUUAAAUGGAAAUGUAAGAAUAUUAAUUCCAAUCUCAUUUAUUGUCUACACCAGAGCUUUCCAAACUGUGUGCCGCCACAUGUUAGUGUGUUGGCUGCAAUGUGUAGGUAUAUUGCACAAAUACACCCCAAGCUCCUUUUGGGCCUGGAAAGGGGUUAGUUUAACCUUUGGUUUGCUAGUAAAACUGACUUACUGUGUCACAAAAUGAUGCAUGUCUAAAAAGUGCAUCACCAACAUGAAAAGUAUGGAAAGCUCUGGUCUACACUGUAUUCUUGUCAAAUGAUGAGUGGUGUCCAACAUCAGUCAUACCUAGAGUAGACCUAUUGAAAUGAAUGGAUUUAAGUGACUUAACUCAAUGGAUCUACUCUAUGACUAAUGUUGGAGGUUUGCCAAAUGCCUGUUGAUUGCAAUAGCUCUUAGGUUGUCUCUGUGCUGAGUGUGCUAGAAUGGGGGAAAUAACUCUGAAAGAAGUGAGUGCUUUGUCUUUCAAAUAAGCAUAGAAGGGAUUUGUCAUCCUAUUUUUACUAAAAUAUUUGAUUGUGGUGAUAGAGUUCAGGUGUCAACCCCACAAAUACUCAAAUGCCUUUUUUUCAAAGGUUCACUUGGUUGUAUUGGGAAACAAGGAUGGCAAUAGUCACACAAGGGUUGGCUGAAGAGGUCCGUGCCCUCAACUGGAGUACCAUUUCCAGUUCUGUGCACCAUACUUAGAAAGGAUGCAGGCAAAUUGCAAAGGGCAGCAAAGGCGGUCAGUGGUGUAGAAAACAGAUCCAAUGAGAAAGGUGGAUGGGGAAACCCAGCUACAACUAACUGUUUUAUAUAUGCUGUAAGCUGCCCAGCAUGGCUGGGACAGGGUAUAAAUAAUAAAAUUAUUAUUGUUACUGUUAUUAAGGAAAAGAGAUGAGGCAAUGAGAUUUCAGUUGAAAUUAAUAGAAAUUGUUACCUAUUUUCCCGCGAGUGCUCAGUUGAUUAUAUAGUCUGUAGUGUUUCCAAAGGGUUGCUCGAGCAUAAGCAAGCAAAUAUUUCCCUGCUUGGCUGCGAAGCCUUGCUUUUGCUGCCAAAAUAAACCUGAUCUGUCCGGAGCCCCACUCUCCCAUGGCUGGCUCAAUCGCUGGCAGAAUCCGUCAGUGGGCGGUUCUUAAACUUUCCCCAGCAAAGCAGCUUCUUGACGCCCAGUCUGCGCCUCCCCUCUCUGCGCGGAUGCUUUCUGCGCAGGGAGGGCGUGGGUGGCGGAGGACCCCUCUCCUCCCCGCUUUUCCCAGGCACGGAGUCCUGGGACCGCCUCGCCACUUCCGACUCCUGCGGCUCCUCUCCACUGGAGGUGUGUUUACUCUCCUCCGUUGAAGAGGAACUGCUCCCCACGAUCCCUGGAGGUUCUCUAUAAUCCAUUCGGCUUUUCCUCUCUCCCUCCUGAACCGAUGGCAGUUCCCUGACAUAGUCUAUAUCCUAUUUUACUAUGGGAAGGUCUCCACCGGAACCUGUGUGCUUGGCCUUCUCAAGCUGAAAGUUUAAGGCCUAAAGCACUGAAACAGAAUACAUCCAACUUUUGAAAAUUCUCCAUCCAGACCAAGACAAAAUAAGUGGUCGUGGGUGGAAGGCCGCCUCCAACUUCGAUUCUAAACCUUGUAUAAUUAGUGUUGAGAUGUUUUAUAACCAAAGAGGCCAAGGUUAUUUGAAAGAACAGUUUUGAGCAGUACACAAGCUGACAUUGAGCAGACAUGUCAGGCCAUUUGUUGAUCUUUCCUUGAACUGUAACCUUCUGAAUUCAAUAGGCUGCCUAUAGAUGAUGCUUCGGGGAAGCAACUUGUGGCAGAGGCGAUUCAUACAGGGAAGAAAAAGGAAGCAAUGAUCCAGUGUUCAGUGGAAGCCUGCAGGAUACUGGAUGCGAGGGGUGUGCUGCGGCAAGAGGCAGGUAGGUGGACUAGCCAGAGGCUCUGGCCACGCAGAAUUCUUUUUGAAAAUAGUCUUAUUGACAAGAGCUUUGAAAGAAUUUAAAUCUGUAAAAUGUGGUGUAACCCUAAGCAUUUUUAUCUUAUUAACUUAUUAUACCUCUUACUAUCGUGCUUGUAUCUUGCUCACCUACAAGGAUUGCUGGCAUGCGCUGUUUGCAUUUUAUUUUCACAACUAUUGGAUGUGGUGGCUUCACAUCUUUGUGUCCAUUUGCAUGCUUGCUUGUUUUUUGAAAUGUGCAUUAGAUCACCUGUCACUAAAUCAGAAGUACAGGUGUGUAACUGGCUUCAAGCUUUUCCAGUUUUCUUCAUGUAUUUUUGUCUUCAUUCUUUCUUAGUAUCCCGAAAAAGAAAAGCAAAGAAUUGGGAAGAAGAAGACUUUUAUGAUAGUGAUGAUGACACAUUCCUUGAUCGGACAGGAGUUAUUGAACAGAAACGUCUGAGCAGAAUGAAGAAAGCAGGAAAGAUCGAUGAGAAGCCAGAAACCUUUGAUUCAUUGGUAGGAACAACUUCAGCCAGGGAUUCGUGGUAGUUAGUCAAAAUUUGUGCCUGCUGCUGACCCUGUCCCUCUAGGCCAAGAUACAGGGUAUUGACUGAUGUUACUGUUGAGUUUUGGAGGUUCACUGAGCAUCUUCAGGGUUCAGAACAACUGCAGGGGCAAGCUUCCCCCCUCCACCUCAAUUCUGAGCUGGUGGCAGGGAAGGUGGAGCUGAGAAAUCAGAGGGUCAUCUUGCUGUUUCUCUAAUAUCUCUUAAAUCCCAGUGGAAGGCCACCGAGAGUCCCUACCUGACUCUGGAGUAGAGAAGACCUCAUGCAGAGACUUGGAAGACAGCUUUUUGCUUUCUGGUUCUUUCCAAAGUCGGUGCAAAGUCUAAUAGAUUCCUCAGCAUUUUCCCAGGCUCAGGAGAAGGGAUGGUAGCCAACUCGACCACUGUUCACACAGAAUGACUUCCAUGAGCACAGUGGCAUUUGACCUCUCCCCUGCACUUACCUAAGAUCUGCUCCAAAGGAUAUGGGGAAUCCCCAAUGCAGAUUUGGAGGAGUGCGAGGGUAAGUCCCAUUGCACUUUCAGAAAUCGUCUGGUGUGUACAGUGAUUUAGUUGGAUAGAACCCAAAGUAUCUUGCCAGAAUUUUAAAAAUGCUGUCACCUGAAUUAUGCUCUCAUAAAUAAUCAUUGCUAAGAGUGCUGCUGCAGAGGAAUAAAAACCACUUUCCACUAUCAUGUUACUUGUCUGGUAUCAAAUUUCAGAGGGAUAGCCAUGUUGGCAUGUUCAUUUGUCCAGAAAGAAUCAUUUUUUGGUCUUCUAAACUGAAAUAAAACACAGAAGGAAAACACUUGAUUCAGUGUGGCAAAAAAACUUAAUAACGAGCCAGUGGCGAUUAUUUAAAAUGCUUUCAUACCACUGUAUAGCCAAAGAUUUCUAGGCAUUUUACGUAAGUUCUCUCUCUCUCUCUCUCUCUCUCUCUCUCUCACACACACACACACACACACCCCAAUUGCAGGUGGAAAAGUGACAGAUAAAAAGCGAAGUUAAAAGACUGAGUUAAAAUUUUCAAGAUAUUUUGAAUGCCUGGUUAAAUUUCUUUUAAAGGUUUUGCCUGACUUCCAUAAGACAAGAAAGUUGCAGCCGGGUCAACCUCCCUUGGGAGAGCAUUCCACAAUUGGGUUGUUGCUACACUUACUUGUAUUUCUAGGCUUUUCACUUUGCCAGCAUUUGGGAACCCAAAAGGUUGCUACAUUUUUAUUUUAAAGUUUUGUCAAGCUAUUACAGAUGCUCAUCACUUUUCAAUUGUCUCUCUCUGUAGAGUGUAAAAUUAGCCGCAACUGAAAGAGAGCUCUCUGAGAUAGCAGAGAAGCUGAAAUCUUCAAAGACAAGUAAGGCCACAUACUUUAUUCAAAUGUUGGGGUUGUCUGCGUGAGAAUAAGGCAUAAUUAAUUUGUAAUAUUAAGGGUAUUUUGUUUCUGUCUUCCACAAAUGAAAGACUAAGCCAAGUAUAACAUCAUGAUUAAAAUUAUUUAAAAUGCCUAAUACUUGCCUUUCUAAAGAAGCUGAUCAAGUUAAAACUCUCAAAUUCAGUUCUGUGGAAAGCAUGUUACAUUUAGUGGAAGGAAAACAAAUUUCAUUCUGGGAUAAGGAGUUUCAAUAUGGGCAAGUGAUAACACACUUUUGGCAUAACCUUCAACUUCCUUCUUGCAAGUCCUUUUCCGAUCAGCAGCCCUCGAGAUGUCCUUGAAAGUUAGUUAUACAUGCCUAGCAGUAUGCCAAAGGAACCAACUUUAUCAGGCCCUUCAUUUCUUUGUUUAAUACUAAGUCAAUUUUUGCACAGAUAAACCCUGCAUUUUCCCAAAUACAGUUACUUGAUUAAAGAAUUCAAGCACAUCUGUAGUCUUAAUUGUAUUCAUCUCAGAAAGUUGUAUUGGGCAUCUGUUCUGUGUCAGCUACUAAAAUUUUGGACCGCUACUACCCAUAACUAAAUUGGGAUGGCAUGAUUUUUUCUGUAUUUGUAUUUCCUUUAGCACAAUCGCAUUCAGCAGCGCAAGAUUCUUUGGACGAAUUCAUGACGGAAAUAAAAUCAGGAUGUGCUUUAGACAGUGUGACACGUAGAAAGCUUCAUUUGCGGACUUUUGAGCUGAGGAAAGAGCAGCAGCGAUUGAAAGGAUUGAUUAAGAUUGUUACACCGGCUUCAUUGCCGGAGCUGAAAUCCGAGUGAGUCUUCGUUUUAUGGAGUGGUAAUCAUUUUAUAUUUUCCUUGUUGAGCUAUAGUUCUCUGAUGACUACCCAAAUGUACAUGCAGAGGAGUAUGGAGAUGGUGGGAGGCAGGUUUUAGCACUGGAACUUCCCAAAGAACUGGUUUCCAAGUCUAUUUUGACGUACAACCCUGGUGAGCAUUAAUUGUGAUUAAUGGCAGUGCCAACACAUAACCCUCAGUCCCCAUGGAUAACGGCAGGGGAGAAAGGAAUUCUUGUUUGAGAAGGGAGCCUGCAAUUCUGUUAUCUGUCCCUGAUGGGCUUCAUUGUCUCUGCACGAGCCCAAGGCCACACCUUGAGGUUUGCAAUGAGAAAGAACUUUUUAAUGUGGAAUCUCCACAUGAGAGAGAGAAAGUGCACACAGCAAUAGUUCUAGUGCUGGUCCUUCAGAAUUUGAUACUAAAGCUGUGUGUGUUUUACUUAUUCUCUUCCCCUCCCUCCCCAAAUGUUCUGUAGGCUUGGGAGUCAAGAUUCGGAAACUCAGAACAAACCCAAAAAGCUGACUUUACCCAUGUUUGGUGCCAUGAAAGGAGGAAGCAAAUUCAGACUGAAAACUGGUACUGUGGGGGUAAGUAACGAAAGCAAAAGCUAUGGGUUGUAUCAAAACGUGUCAUUCAGCUGACAGUAAGGCUUCUUAGCAGAACGGGAAGGGAAGCCAUUUUGACCAUGUCCCAUCUCCCCUGCUGCCCCCCAACAUUUUGGAGUGUUGAGAGCAGGGGAGGGGGUCAGGGGAAAUGGGAAAUAGCUGGAUAUUGCUUCCCUCCCCAUUUUGCUGAUUUAAUUUAUUUAUUUUGUCUAAUCAAAGCCAUUGCAAAAGAUAGGCUCUAUGUAGAAGUUGGAUCCAUUAGGAUGGGCAUUCAAAGAUAGUUGGAUCACAUCACUUCUGUGGGCACUAGGAGGAACUAUUGUAGAAACAGUUCAGCUUUGGGCUUACUUAGUGAGCCUGUUUAUGUUUCUACAAAUCUCAGUAAGUACUUAAUAACUGCUGUUCAAAGGCAUAUUGCCUCAUAGCAUGGCAUAUUCUGUUCCAUAUAUCAGUGGCAGAUGAUAUAACAACUACAUUCAUGGCAAUUUUUGUUUGCCCCAAAGAAGUUGCCUGUCAAGCGUCCAGAUAUACCUGUAAACCUAUUAAAGAUGAAAGAUGAGGGGCCAGAAGAGGAGGAAGAGGAGGAGGAGGAGGAGGAAGAAGAAAUGAAAGCUGUAAAUCAAGGAACACAAAACCCAAUGACGCAGAUGCCAGCACAAGAAACAGUUAGACAGCAUAAACGGCCUACCAGUUCUUAUGAUUGCAGCAACAAGGAAAUGGAAUUUGUUCAUAGAGGUUAGUCUAGUUCUGUUCCCCUUCAUUUUGAGGCUCUUAAAAGCAGUAGCGGGGACUGUUGGAAUGCUUGAUAUGUACCAUAUUUUUCGCUCUAUAAGAUGCACCAGACCAUAAGACGCACCUAGUUUUUGGAGGAGGAAAACAAGAAAAAAAUAUUCUGAAUCUCAGAAGCCAGAACAAGAGGGAUCGCUGCACAGCGAAAGCAGCGAUCCCUCUUGCUGUUCUGGCUUCUGGGAUAGCUUGCAUUCGCUCCAUAAGAUGCACACACAUUUCCCCUUACUUUUUAGGAGGGAAAAAGUGAGUCUUAUAGAGCAAAAAAUACGGUACUCCUGCCAACAACAGUUAGGUUCAGCUAUGUUCAUUUCCUUAAGUGCCUCUGAAAACCCUGCCCUGAAUUCUUUUGAAGAAGUAUGGACGUCAAGAGCUUAGUACAGAAGUGCACAUUGAUGGGGUAAAUUUCUUCCUUUGGGCUAAAUGGUCUUAAGGCCUUGGGAUAAAUUGUUCUAGAGAACCUGUGGGACACUCCUGUGGAGAGAGGAGUGUUGGGUGCAAGUCUUUCAGACCAGCUCCCUUCCUCCUCAGCUGGCCAGGAGCUAGCAUUUGUAUGCUAACCACUGCUGUUGGGACUGUCCCCUGUGACUUGCAUCUAGUGCACAUAUCUGUGCGGCUGGUUGCAAAAAUGGCUGCCCCCAUCGCAACAUUUCAGACCAUUUCAGAGGUCUCUAGUGAUGAUAGAAACCAUAGGCUGCUCUAAUCAAUCUCUCAAACAGUUCAAGUUGCUAAUGGUAUGUGUUGGCCAGGCUUCCUCAACCUCGGCCCUCCAGAUGUUUUGAGACUACAAUUCCCAUCAUCCCUGACCACUGCUCCUGCUAGCAAGGGAUCAUGGGAGUUGUAGGCCAAAAACAUCUGGAGGGCCGAGGUUGAUGAAGCCUGGUGUAGGCUAUGAAGAACUCAGAUUAGCAUAUUAGCAGCAUUACUAUUUUAUAAGUGUUAGGUUCAUUUUUAAUAGGGAUAUUUUCCUUGCAAGGGUCUCUUUUUAAAUUCAAAGUACCAAAUUUCACAGGCAUCUCCAAAGACCAGUGAAGCAACAGGAAUAAUUAUUGCAUAAAUUUCAAGGUAAAUUUUCUUAGGUAAUGGGGAUUUUAGGUUCAGUCUAGUGGGCACAGCACCUUCACACACCAAAAUAUAGUUAUGAGGCUUUACAGAGCCCUUACGUUCCCGCCUUAAUCCCUCACCCUUUGGGGAAUGCACAGAUCCUGCAUUAGUUGAUUUUGGGAGAAAGGAUGAGAAACAUGGACAGAUCUUCCAUUUUGCUUAAUGGCCUGAUACAGUGCCUGUGCUCAGAAGGUAGCAGGGUUGCUGUGGGUACUGUGUUUUUACUUGACUGGCUCAGACCUUCUGUGUUUGUGUGUAGCACAGUGUACCUGCUUUGAUAGCUCAAAGCAAGUGAAGUAGCAGGACUCUAUUUCUGAUCCUCUGGCAUUUUGCAGCCUCGUUGCUGUGUAAGCCUGCUUUUAGAUAGAUAGAUAGAUAUGAAAACUAAUUUCAUUGGAUAAAAGCUAUUAUAGUAUAGCAUUGAUCAGCUUUUUAAAAGAAAUAAAGGCAGUUUAAUUGUAAGCUGUCAGAAUUUGUUAACAUUUAAUCUGUGUUCAUUAAAGAAUCUGGUUGGCUAAGUCUGUGGGGUUCCAUUUUUCUUUUACAGGAGCUCAGCCACAAUCGGAGCCUUUGAGCAAAGAUACAGUGGCGCCGGAGUGCAGCUCCCCACUGAAUAAAUCACAGAAGAAGCCACAAGGUGAGCCAGGUGAGUACGAGAGAAAAAUGGAUGACAGCACUGGUAGAUACAAUCAUAUUCUGUUGGUUUGUACAGUUGGAGUGAGAAAAUAUAUUUUAAUACUUGGAACAUCUUGCAAUAUAAGAUAGCAGUUCCUUCAGCUUGUUUUCUGAACAUCUAAUCUGUUGUAACAAAUAAAACCACAAUGCUUAAAUAAAAUAAUAAUCCUGAUGAGAUACUUUCUUUUUGGCAAAAUGCAUAAAGAAAUUAUUUAAAUGAUCACUGUGUGAAGUUUCCUAGUGUGUUAAAAAAAGUUGAGAAAAGGGUUUUUUUUAAUAGUAAUCAUAUUUUUAAAGGAUGAAUACUUUUCAUUCAAAAACAAGUAACAACAAAAUUUAGAAGGAUUAAAAUGUAUUAAAUUUAAAUAAGUAGGAUGGAUUUGUUAAAAUUUGGAAAACUAAUAAAAAUUAAUAUAUUUUAAAAGAUUAGAAGGAGAAUGGAGGAACAGCGCAUUUGGAAUGUCUCCUUUGUAGUGCUAGGCACAUAACUAAAAUAUUCAAGAUUUUCUGGAGAAAGGGGGGAAAUAGCAAGCAAUACUUGGUUUAAUAUAGCACUGCUACAGGUAUCAAAAUUGCUAACCUUUACUUUGUGAGAUACACCCCAAAGGCAGUUUUGCUGUCCUGGCUCUGGCUUGUGUGCAUUUUGUUGGUGGGGCCUAAGGAGCUGCGGUGCUUAAUUUUAACAGCUCCCUGGCCAUUUAUUUUUUUUUAACAUAGGGGAUUUAUUUGUCUGAAAUUUGUUUUGAAUAAUUUCUCUAAAUAGAGUUGGCAGCAUUAAUAUAGUUUUUCUUAUUUUUUUCCUAGCACCUGAGACAUCUGCAGGAAAGUCCAAGAAUAAGAAAACGAACAUUGCAAAUACGGUGAGUUGGAGGAACUAAAGCAUAUAAAUAUGAUGAAGUGCACUGUAACAUACUGCAUUCCCUACCUGGUGCAUUCACAGAAUUGCUUGAUGCCGGCAUUUAUGGGAGAUGGUGUCCAUAAGAGGAUAAGGAAAAGAUAAGACAGUGCUAGUGCUGUGUUCUCUGGCACCCGUGCAGUCCUCCUGACUUGGCAGAAGGAAUUGCUGUCUUCUUGUGCACGGUGUCUGGUCCUUGUGUGGCAUAAGUAUUCAGGCUGCUAGUAGUGGGGUGGGACACUGUUGCCUUCUUGUGCUAUUGCUGGACGGGGGGGGGGGGGCGGGUCAACCGCCAAGUCAAAUGCAGCUUGGAGGACCGUUCUCUAUUCUCACUGGCCAUGUGCAGCAGCGGUUCAGUUCGUUGGUGAGGCCGUGAUCGUAUAGUGGUUAGUACUCUGCGUUGUGUCUCAUGUCAGGCUGAUAGAUACUGUUCUAGUACAGGGACAUCCAGCUGCAAUCUCCCAGAAUAAAAAGCUGACAGUGAUCUACCCUUUUUGGGGAGGGGGAAUAAAUUUGUUGACCUUUUUUAUUUAGGGGGGCAAGUCAGAGUUGUUGACUUUUGGGGGGGCAGGUCGAAAUUGUUUAGCUUUUUGGGGGGAGGCACAUCAAAAAGUCUCUCACCAGAAGCUUUUGCGAUCGUGUGAGAAUGGAGGAGGAGGCGGGGCCAGAUGUUCUCUUCCCCCCACACGAAGGAAAUAGAGCCCGCAUUCAACCGCUAGCUGCUGGAGAUCGACCAGUCAGUCGCAGUCAACCGGUUGGACAUCCCUGUGCUAGUAUUACUGCUAGAUAAGACACAGUUGUGAAAAGAUAUAGCUGCUGAUUAUUUUGGAAUGGUAGCACAACUCAAGUUGCAGGAAGCUACGCCACUUAAUUAUAAUGCAAAUAAUUUUGAGUUUUCUUAAUACUAACCUGGCAGUGCUUUAACAUUCUCAUCUAAUAGAAAUCAUUGGCAGGGCAUUGCCGCCAACAAAACUAUAUGCAGCCGGGCAACAACUGUUGUAGGGGGAGCAGGCUUGUCAAUCCCAAUUUGCAAGGCUGCAAUAAUGCUUUUUUUCUAGCAGCUUAUACCUUCCAGUACUUUGUGCCAACAGUAUUGUUCUGUUUUAUUGUAAGUAACAUUAGAUUCUCCACUAUAGCAUCAAGUAUAACCAUAUAAUGUUUGUGUUUAUUAAACUCUUGUUUGUCUUUUGUCACAAACUAUCCUCUUUAGAAAGUCUAAGAAAACCCUGUUUGCAUAAAGAAAGUGGGGAAAAUGGUUUCAAACUUAACACGUCAUUGUUUGGCCCAAAUAGCCCUUCAAAGCAAAUCUGUCUAAAGCAAUUUGAAAUCAUGUUCUCAAGAUAUUCACACUAAGAUAUUUCCCCAAGUUUAAUAAUAAUAAUUAAUUAAUAAUUUAUUAUUUAUACCCUACCCAUCUAGCUGGGUGUCCCCAGCCACUCUGGGCAAAAUAUUAAAAUACAUUAAUUCAUCAAAUAUUAAAAGCUAAUUUAUUAUUCAAACAAGUGCUAGUAGAACCUUUUUAAAGGGGUGCAUGAAGUUGUGCAGCCAAAAGAGGGAAGGGAAAUGUUAGAAUUACAAAGCAUCUUUUUGUAAUCUAUUCUGCAGUCUCAGCGCACUCUGUCCUCAGAAUAUCCAGAAGAUGACCCAGACUACUGUGUGUGGAUGCCACCUGAAGGUAAUUUAUAAUUUUCGAAAAUCAUAUUUGACCUGAUCUAUUUGAAGACAGUUCAAAAUAGGGGACUUGGGUUGCUGAGAAACGGAAGAGGGUGCAUGAAGCUGUGCAGCUGAGCAGAAGGCAGCAUAGAGACAGCCACUUGAAAUGUCUUGUGUAUGGAGUAGUCUAAAUAAUUUUGCACCACAGAGUCUCUAAAUCUGCUCACCUUUGUCUUGCUGAAGUAUGGGGCAAGCAGGACAACAUCAGGACUAGUCCUGUACACUGAUACUACAGUUUCUUUGCUAUCCUAUGUAAUGAGGGUGUGGAAGAGCAAGCACAAGCAAAUAAAGGAUCUAAGCUUGCUCUGUCUGAAGGAAGACUGACAUUGGACCUUAGUUCUGCAGAUCCCAGAACAUUUCCAACUACGUUAUUGCUGUUUCUCCCUGCCUGCCUGCCUUCCUACCAUCCUACUCAGGUCAUGCUUUUGCCCUUGGCCCAGCUUAGCCAGAGAUAAAGGCAGCAGCGGUGGCACCUGAGGUUUAGGGAGGACACAAGCAUACAAAGGUAUCCAGUGCACAGACAGGGUACCCUGUGCAAAUAUGUGCUGCAAAGUUCUAUCCCUAAGUCAUGCUGAUGUACCUGCUGGUGGUAGAUGUUCCUCAGGCAUAGAACGUCCUCCAUCACAGCUUGAAGUACUGCUUUGGGGAAAACGGGGCAGGCGGGUGUGGAGGACCGCAUAGUCCUGAAUGUGGUAACUGUGCCCCUGGGAGUCAUUUUGGACUCACAGCUGUCCAUAGAGUCAGGUUAAUUCUGUGUCCUGGGCGGCUGUCUACCAGCUCCAUCUGUUAUGCAGGCUGGGACCUUACCUGCCUGCAGACUGUCUCGCCAGAGUGGUGCAUGCUCUAGUUAUCUCCUGCUCUACGUGGGGCUACCUGUGAAGGUGACCCAGAAACUACAAUUAAUCCAGAAUGCAGCAGCUAGACUGGUGACUGGGAGUGGCCACCGAGACCAUAUAACAGCAGUCCUGAAAGACCUACAUUGGCUCCCGGUACGUUUCCGAGCACAAUUCAAAGUGUUGGUGCUGACCUUUAAAGCCCUAAAUGGCCUCGGGCCAGUAUACCUGAAGGAGUGUCUCCACCUCCAUCAUUCAGCCCGGACGCUGAGGUCCAGCGCCGAGGGCCUUCUGACAGUUCCCUCACUGCGAGAAGUGAGGUUACAGGGAACCAGGCAGAGGGCCUUCUCGGUUGUGGCGCCCACCCUGUGGAACGCCCGCCCAUCAGAUGUCAAGGAAAUAAACAACUAUCUUACUUUUAGAAGACACCUGAAGGCAGCUUUGUUUAGGGAAGUUUUUAAUGUUGAUGUUUUGUUGCUUUUUUAUUCUGUUGGAAGCUGCCUAGAGUGGCUGGGGAAACCCAGCCAAAUGGGCAGGGUAAUAAUAAUAAUAAUAAUAAUAAUAAUAAUAAUAAUAAUAAGUGCUUAGAAUGACUUAAGGGUUCAGGUAGAAAGGUAGGGGAGUUUGUAUGUUCCAAGGUCUCCAACUGGAAUGCAUAGUUAUCAAGAAUGCUCAUCCAUCAAUUGAAGUAAACAAAUGCAACUUAGAAUUUUCUUGCCCCAGAUACCCUUGUUUGAUACACUACCUACAUAUAAUGUAGAGAUUACUUAGGUGUACUUAAAAGUAGCAGUGCUGCUGAAUUCCUCUGAUUAGUCUUGUAUUGUGAGCAGCCUCCAUUCGAAGAGUUAUUUUUUGAAAUUUCUGCCUUUUGUAGAACAAGAUUAAAAGCCAGCUUUAUGAACACACUAUAAGCCCAAAUAUUUUUGCAUCCCUUGCAGUUCCUUACCUGCUUCCCACAGGUCCAGCCAACCAUUUCACUCCCUUUUUUGGCUUUGGAAAUGUCCUUUUGCUUCUCACAUACUUGCUCCGUAUCCCCAUGAAUAUUCCUACACCUUUAGUUACUUCCAACCUCUGCAGAAUAUUGUAAAUAAACAAAAUAAAAAACAGAAUAAAAAAAACAAAAACAAACCAUCUACCAUUAGUGGAGGUCACACCUGGAUGAUGUCUAAUUUAAUUCCCCAUCUCCCUCUCCUUGAAAUGGACAUUGACCUGUUGCAUAGCCAAAAUAUUGCACCUCUACUGAACCCCAUGUCAGGAAAGUUUUACACUGCUUGUGAUUAACUUAACACGCUGCCAAGUAUGUAGGGUCUAGGUGACUGUGACUUGUCGACUAUUUCUGUUUCUCUGUAUAUUGUUUUCACUCCUGGGCACAAGAGAGUUUUUUGAAAAGGGAAAAAGAAACACUUUAAUCUUCCUCUUUUGAUGCAGGUCAAAGUGGUGAUGGUAGAACUCAUCUGAAUGCAAAAUACGGCUAUUAAACUUCAGGUGUUGGCUUUGAGAAGUGAAGGACUAUAGUACCGCAAUCACUACAGAGUAGAAGACUCCAUUUACAUGGCAAGCAACAAAAUUGCUCAUUGUGUUUAAAUUCCUUUUAACGAUUCCUGAGCCUUGCCACACAUGCUUCUUCCCCCACUAAACGUGAAUUUGUGUAUAUUGUGCAUCAAAGUGUGUGUAUAUAGUAGUGAAAACUAUGUAUUUACAAAGCAAACUUAUCUAUAACAAGGCUGGCUUUUUACAAUAAAAACUAAGAAUCCAAGUGCUUUUCUUUCCAUUGCAAGUAUUGGGGUGGGAAGAAAGAAAUCAUACACUGGAGAGAUCUAGGCUCAAACUUCUGUUUAGCCAAGAAAUUCACUAUAGGGCUGCUUUAUUCAUUAUGGGUUUCCUAUGCAGAAGGCAGUCAAGUGACGCUCAUUUUGUUGUGUAUGGCAAUCCUGCAUAUGUGUAUUUUGUUACAUGUACAUAGCUGAUUUUAGGAGGGUUUCUCCCUAUUUAUUCCAACAUAGACCUCUGCUCCACUUCCAGAUUCCCUCAAAAAUACAAUUGCAAACAGUAGCCUCCAGAUGGAGCUGCUCAAAGCCAAGCUAUGUUUAGUUUUAUUCUCCCUUUUAUAACUUUGGUGCUGGGUUUCUGUGAAGGUUCUCCCUUUCGCCUCUCAUCACCAAGUGAAAUGCGAACACAUUCAUAUAAUAUAACUUUAUUAUAUUCACAACCUGAAAGGAAGAAAUGCCUUCAUCAUUAGAAGUUUAGACAAUUUCAAUCCUACUGUUUACCAUUUAUAAAAUGCUCUUUCUUGUUCAUAAGUAUAUAAUUUUUGUAUAGUCCACUUUACAUACAUGUGCACCUAUGUUCUUUUUAACUUCUAGUUGCCUAGGAAAUGCACUCUUUUUUGUUGAGCUCUUGCGUUUCCCCUAGGGGUAGAGCAGCAAAGACUAUGUCUUAGGUUAUGUAAGUUGAGAGUGUGUGGCUCAGAAAGAGUAUAUGCCUUUCUGUAUAAUGUAUAAUGUCACAGCUUCAAUCUUCAGCACAUCUAGUAAAAUAAUAAUAUUGAUAACCUGGGUGUAGGAGGGAUGAGGAAGAUAUCUGUAUGUUUAGGGGUACUGUCAUUUUCCUACUCAUAUUGAAAUACUGCCCCUCAAUGAGGCCAAACUUAGAUUCACAAAAUGUUUAGGGGUAUGCGUACCCCCAGAAAAAAAGCAUUGUGUGACAUAUGAGUGACUGUGAAAGAUGCCUUAUCAGUUCUUAAAGGUAUAAUCUUGGUACUGUUAGCAUUUGGAACUGAGCUGAAGGGAGUUUUCACAAAUACAUAUUUGUCCAUCCCCAACUAACCAGUCCAAAGCAGUUAAGAUUUACAAGAUCACUUGCAUAGUUCAUAGUAACAUGCUUCAACCACCUUAAAUGGUAAAUACAUAUCACAUGACCUUGACCAACCCAUAUAUUGGCAGCAGUGCACCUGAAUUUCGCACAAUAUUGGGAAUUCCAUGUGGUCAGAAAUCUUAAGUUAAAAGAACAUUCAAAAUACGUUGCUUUAGCUUUCCCUCCCCAGUUAAAGCACGGUACGAACAUGGCUCACAGAAGAUACUCUAGCACUGGUUUAGCGGAUUAGACACCCAUAGUAUUGAAGCAGUUACAAUGUGCAGGUGUGAUUUGGUGAGGGGAAACUGGCUUCAGGUGAAGCAUGUCCUCUCGGCCCAAUUCUUUAAGUUAGAAGUGAGACAAUUGCAGCAAUCCAGACAUUGGGCUCCAACUCCCAUCUGACCCAGCCAGCAUGACCAAUUGCCAGUCUGGACAGGAGUUGUAGUUCAUCAUUUGGAAGGCCAAAGAUUCCCCGCUUCUGCACUAAGUGAAUAUCAGACACUGUCUUUUCGGUGCCUACUGAAGACCCUGUCCUUUCAAUAAACCUUGUAAGUUGAGAUCUUUGCCUGCCUUUGUCUGUAUUGGAAUUGUUCUUGAGAAGUUUGAUUACUUCUUGUGUGCUGCCCUGGACUCAUUUGGGAGGAAGGGUGGGAUGCAAAUGUAAUGACUAAACAACACAUCCCUUUCCUGGGUGGACUAGCAUUCUGUUAUGCUCCUGCUUCUCUUACACAACAGGGGCUGCCAGAUAUCUUUGUCUUUCUGCCUUCUUUGAGCUCUGCUUCAGCUAACUCGCCCACUUCCAGGCCACAAUUGUAGCCGGAAGCUGUGUAACGAGAGCACAGAGUUAAAUGAAAAGGAGACGGAGCUCCUGGUCGCCUAUAGCUCAACUCUGCACAAUAUUACUCAGCAACCUCAUCCAUCAGGAAGGAAAUGGAAGCCACCUGGAGCCCCACACUAAAGGAGGAGGAGGAGAAAAAGUUAGUGGCUGAACAUUAACAUGGGUUAAGAGGACCAGGACCGAGAUUAAUCCAGACAGCAGUGUCCCGGGGUCAAAUAAUACCCACUGAUCAUUCCAGACUUUGUUUACUUAAAUAUUUAUAAAAUACUAUCCCAUACCAAAGAUGAUAGAUUAGAACUGUGC